CAUACGUUCCCGCGCACAGGCGCAAACACCAUAACUUCUCACACUCUUUGAGACGCAAACAAAACUCGGAAGCGGAUUGAGCUCUGGCGGAAAAUUUGCGAACUAAGAUUGUCAUCAACAACAGAGUCGGAUGUUUUGAUCCGGCCCCGGCACUGGGCAGUAGCCGAGCUGAGGGUUGUGAGGUGACGUAUAUCCUCGGUUGUCUCGGAAUCUAAUCCUAAUCUAAUGAAUCACUUGAUCGAACGUAUUGUUUGUGUUUCGUCGGUCUCAGGGCACCUAAUUGUGUCAGUGUUGUGAUUUGUUCAAAUUGAUCAUCGAUUAACGAAUAAGAUGAAUUACUGGAUUCCAAUUAUCUAGGAUGUGGUCGGCUGUAGCUACGAGUCCUGGAGCCGCAACGCCGCCCUCUCGGUCUAAACACUCCGCCACUCUCCUCGGCACCUACGUGUACCUCCUGGGCGGCAGGAACGGAAACUUGCCUCUCAAGGACCUGUGGAGGUACAGCCUAGAAGAGGGACGAUGGGAGCUUCUCAAGCCAGGAGGUGACUCCCCACCUUGUCUGCAGGAACACUCCGCUGUAGCCUACAGAGAAUGUCUCUACGUCUUUGGUGGCGAGUUGGGGUUCUCUGCUGGCAAUGAGACACCUCUCUGGAUCUACAACAUCAAGACUAACCAGUGGCGCAAGAUCAAGUCACAGAAGGGAGUGUCCGUGCCUAAAGGUAGACGUGGACACUCAGCCCUUGUACAUCGUGGAGCUAUGUUGCUCUACGGCGGUUACAGAGACUUACGAGGCUCAUCAAACGAACUCUGGGCUUUCCACUUUGAGUCAGAGUCGUGGCACCUGUUGUCUUCUGGUCAGAACUGUCCACCGGCGCGACACAAACACUCAGCUGUGGUCCAUGACGACUCCAUGUGGAUCUACGGAGGAAUGACUGAUCUCAACGAGCGCUCUGACCUAUGGAGGUUCAACAUGGUAUCUAAGACUUGGACUUCUGUGAAGACAAAGGUGAAUCCAGGGCCACUACACAGCCACGCCACGUGUAAGCUGCCGUCGUCCAUGAUAGUAUUCGGAGGAGAAAGAGACGGCCAGCCACUUAACGAGCUGUGGAGAUUUCAUUUUGGUACGGAGAGUUGGGAGCGGUUACACACAGAAGGUAUAAAGCCGCAGCCUAGGUCUGAGAGUGUUGCACUGACAGUAUCAGAUCUGCUACUGGGAGAGAGUGCUACGCAGAGAAGUUCGCCCCCUGUCCAGCGGAGACUGCGCGCGGGCGGCUCAGUCGACCGACGGUACCAUAGGUGGAGCGGAGGUGGCUACGACGGAUGUACCCCAGUGCGGAAACAACCCACGACGCCGACCGCAAACCUCAGUAUACUGCGCGAGAUCACCAAACUGUCUCAGAUGAACCUGAGUAGACUGGGUCCCACCAAAUGUAGCUACAGUGUUCUGAGUAGCAAUGAGAGCAUCGGAUCAGACAGUUCUACAGGGGAGAUGGUCAAGUCACAGAGUGUAAACCUGAUAGCUCGGACACUCGCCUCUCCUUGUGUGACCACCCCUCAUGUGACCUCAGUGCUUCCACGAGACCCCGUGUCUGUGCCGAACUUCACCUCCCUCGCCUCCUGUACACUCACUCCAGUUGAGGUGACAAAACUCGUCUACCUGGACGACGAAGAAGCUCCCAUCCCCGGACCCAGACAAGACUUUUCUUCCAUCCAUCAACAGUUUAGGCCCAAAAACUCAAAAGGACUUCCCAAGUCAGCUUCCGUGCGGUUCGGGAAUCCCCGCAUUACUCCAGAGGAACCCUCGGAUGAGACGUCGGACUACGCGAGUAUAGAAACCAUGAACAGAGUCACAUACACCAAAGAAGGACCUUACAGUUUCUCCAACCCAAACUACAUGGGUCCUGACAUCAAAGAAAUAUUGAAGAAAGAAGAAUACGUCAAGGUUUUGAGCAGUCCACCUGACAGUGUUUUGGAAGAUGCUUUCGGCCGCAGUAACAGUCGACAAGAGAUGCUAGAAAUGAAACCUGUUCCACCCAAGUCCCUGUCGAUAGUUCCGCAUCAUUAUAAUCAUCACGUAAAUGAGAAGAGGAAGAAGAACUUUAGAGAUAACCACCGAGCAAGCAGUGCUAGUCGAGCUGACAAAGAUCCUGUCACAUCUUUCAGUGUUUUUGUACUUGGAGGGAAAGAAACUGGGCAAGUCACUGUUUUCAAAAGACCACUUUCAGUUUGGAAGUUGAUUCUGACUUCUGAAAUUCAUUGAAGCUUUGGAAGUAAGGAAUCAGCCCAUGAGUAGUUUGACGUUGUGUAAAGAACCCAAAAUGUAUUGAAGUUUUACUUACAUAUUUAAACUAACAUUCCAUCUUAAUCUAAGUUUUACCUUGGAAGUCCUCAAAGCUCCUAUAUGAAUGUCUGAAUGAUGAAUAUCACAUUUUAUUCAGUAAUAUAUUGCUAAAUCUCAGUUAUAUUGGCAGAAUUCACCUUGAUAAUUUCAGUAAUUCCAGUAUUCAUCUUAAUACCAUUUCUGAGUUCUGAAAAAAAAAUAGUCACCCUAAUGUUUGUACCCUAUAUUAUUUCAACUUGUAAUUUAUUUAAAAACUACUGUUAUUCAGACAAUAUGUUUUACUGUUUAACAUUUCCAACUAUAGCCGCAUGUUUUAGCCCUUAUACAUAUACAAUCAAUAGUUCUACAGUUGAUAAACUUUAAAAACUUGUAUUCUUGUGAAUUAAUUUUUCUUUUCCCUAGUUUAACAUGACAAACUAUACCGGUACUAGACUACUUAUUUGAACUUCCCAAUACCCUUUGUAUAUCAAUCUGUUGCCAAAAAUACCAAGUACCAGUAACCAUCCUAAAGAUUAUCGUUUAACUUGAUCAUAACUCAACAGAUCAGGGAAUGUUGAAAUAGCUGCCAUUAGACUUGUAGUAUGUAGUGUUAAUUGUAGUUAGUGUCUUCUGUGAUACAUGUAUUGCUCAUUCCACAUUUUAUUAGUCGAGAAGUAUAUUUAGACCGCAUCCAAAUCCCCUACCUUCAACAAAUAGUUUUCAAAGUUGCAAUAUUAAUCAUUGAUUAGCUUACCUAAAUAAAUUUGAAAAUAUUAUGAAAUGAAUCUACUAUCUUGAACCUAUGUUUUUAAACAGAAGUAAACCGCUUACAAUAUCAACAGUUGACAAAUUUCUUUUCGUUAUUCAUUUAUUUAAAACAAUGAAAUGAGGAAUGAGGCAAAAAAGUCAAUUCUGUGUUCAUUAGUGUUUCAAGUAUAAAUAUAUAGGAUACAUUUGUU